AUGUCGUAUCGUGUCGACGCAGACGUUUUUGCCCCGUACAGUCACCUAAUGUUUAGUCCAAAACCAUUAUCAGAGAGGCCAAACUACUAUGAGAUCGCCAAGAACAAGACAAGAAGCGCCGUGUGGAUCGUCAGUCAUUGUAGCACACAGUCCAAGAGAGAGCAGUACGUCAAGCAGAUGCAGAAAUACAUUGACGUGGAUAUACUCGGAGCCUGUGGGACACCGUGCAAGACCAGCUCAGUAUGUGACAAUUUGGGGGCCAAAUAUAAAUUCUACCUAUCCUUUGAGAAUUCUCUAUGUACAGACUACGUCACCGAGAAAUUCUUCAAGUUAUUUGAUCAAAAGACACAUGUGAUCCCAGUUGUCAGGGGCGGCGCUGAUUACGACAAACAUUUCCCCAAUUUUACCUACAUCAACUCUGCUAACUUUAGAAGGCCAAAAGAUUUGGCUCUUCAUUUAAAAGAUUUGGCAUCAGAUUUACAGACAUACAGCAAGUACCUGGAAUACAUGGAUUUAUUUAUAGAAAAAUCAGAAAUUGUCAAUCAUCUCUGCAGACUUUGCUCGUUUGCACACACUCAUACGCUACCCGUUACAAAAACACACAAUUUAAAACGUUGGGUGAAUGAUGGGCAUUGCCACAAUCCUCAAGAUUUGUGA